AUGACCGAAGACGUGUCGUGUGUUCCGCUCACACAGCGACCCCCAUACGCCCGUCUCGACGAUUACCCGGCUACGUUGCUGCCUGCCAUAUCUGCUGCAGACCAUUCUCCUGCUCGACGUCCUCUUGCUCAACAUCUUCCUGCUCGACAACUUCCUGCUCGACAUCUCUUGCUUGGCAUCUUCCUUCUCGACAUCUUCCUGCCCAACAUCCUCCUGCUCAGCAUAUUCCUAUUCGACCUCCUCUUGCUCGACAUCGUUCUGCUCGACAUCGUCCUGCUCGACAUCGUCCUGCUCGACAUCGUCCUGCUCGACAACCUGCUCGCCAUUAUUCUCUCCAACGCAUGCACCCAACAUGUUUACAAAGCUCCGCCAUCAGCAAAGACGAGAUCUCGACUGAGCGAGAAAUCAUACAUCAUCCCGCAGUUUGCCACCUCCUAUCAAAACCAUGACCGCUUUCAAUGCCCUUUUGUGAGGCUUGUACACCACACGCAGGUGUAA